AUGCAAAUAAAAACUGACCACCUCGGUAUCAUUGUACCACAAGGAACUAAACUGAAACCAAUUCGAGUGAAGUGUACGAUCAAAGAUAAAAGAACCCAUCGUAUGUUAGCUCUAAAGAAUGCUCUACAACAACAAAAAUGGUCGAAGGUGCUUGAUUCGGAUGAUGUUAAUGAAGCAGCAAAUAUUCUUCACACAACAAUAAAUUCUCUACUCGAUUCGUGCCUUCCAACAAGAACAGUUAAAAUGUCAACGAGGGAUCCAAUUUGGUUGACACCAUUGGUUAAAAGUCUUCUACAAAGAAAAUAUAAACUAGUAGCUAGAGGAAAGAACGACCAAGCAGAGGAAGUAAGCAAGAGGAUAGCAGAGAUUAUAGCACAGAACAGGAGGAACAUGGACUCAGGUACGUUUGGAUCAGGCAGUUGGUGGAACAAAAUUGACAAGUUAUUGCUGGGAAAAGAUACACCGAGGGUACUACUGAAAAGAAAUUUUGUUGAGGAUCUGAAUGACUAUUUCGCUGAUGUAUGUCAUGACCCUGAGUACGAGGAACCUUUGAAAAUGGACACUAGUACUGCAUUUGAAACACCUCAGCUAGACUACGAUCAAGUAUAUAACGCUCUAGGAUCGAUAAAACGAACGGCGACAGGGUCUGACAAAAUUCCUUCCUGGAUAUGGAAAGAUUUUGCCAACAUUCUAUCCCCAGUUGUAAUGAAAGUUUGGAAUAUGUCGUUGGCCACAUCCAUGUGGCCUAGAUUAUGGAAAAUAGCUAAUAUAAAUCCAAUUCCAAAGGUCGACAUUCCUAAGAUGGUACCCGGACAUUUUGCCGAAAGACAUUUUGCUGAAAGACAUUUUGCCGAACGGACAUUUUGCCGACGGUCAUUUUGCCGAACGGACGUUUUGCCGAACGGACAUUUUUCCAAACGGACAUUUUGCCGAACGGACAGUUUGCCGAAAGGACAACUUGCCGAAAAUAAAGAUGUUAUUUCGUCAAAAUGUUUGGGACUGUGA